AAAUGCUGAAAAAUAUUUAUUUAAAUUAAUUUUAAGACUCAUAAGUAUUAGGCCAAAAGUAAUAAAUAGCACAAAUAUGUUUCUACCUGAAACAGCUGUGUUCUGCAUCACGUUGCUUAUAUAUGGCGGUAUACUUCUCCUAUUAAUUUACUAUGUGCUGACGCUAGCUGACUUGGAGUGCGACUAUUUAAAUGCACAGGAAUGCUGUCGCCGUCUCAACUUUUGGGUCAUUCCCAAAUUUGGCUGUCAGGCGCUGCUCUGCGCUAUGCUCCUCAUCUGCGGGCACUGGAUCAUGUUUCUGAUGAACCUGCCCAUGGCCGUCUGGCUAUUCUAUGAGCUGCAGAGCCAGCGUCGCGAUAGUCUGGGCGUUUACGAUCCAGUUGAUAUUCAUAGUCGAGGACUGCUCAAAGUGCAUUUGAGGAAUUGCAUGAUUUAUCUAGGCUACUACUUUGUCAUGUUCUUUGUGGGCCUUUACUGCUUGAUUUCUGCAUUGCUUAAAGGCGAUCCCAUCAAACGGCACGAGGAUGAUGAAAUUAUUACCGGUUUUUAAGUCUAUCCAGGCCAAAGGCUUCCAGUGAGAAAAGUGGACGAAAUGUAGACAGAGCUAGUCGCGUAAUUAGUAACCUAUACCAACUUGCUGAUUUUACAUU